UAAGUAUAUAUUUUAUAAAAUACAUUAGUUAAUUAAUUUGUUUAAGAUAAAGUAAUCUUAAUUGUUUAGAGUAUAACUUUUUUAAUUUAAUUAUUUUAUGUUUUAUAUUCGUUAAUUAAGUUUGUUUGCAAAAGAGGCGCAAUGUAAAGUGCAUCGAAAAUAAAUAUGUGUGUGUAUUUAUAUAUAUACAUAUAUGUGUUGCACGUUGCACUUGUAGCGAAUCAAAUCGGUCAGUCAGUUUCCCGCUUUUGAAUGGACGCCGAAGUUCUAAACAGAACUUCUUGCAAUAUAAAAGAAAUGUUUUGUGAUAAACCAUCAAAAAAGUUUUUUGUUGGUAUACAUCAUAAUGGAAUUAUAAAAUUCUUAUCGAUACGUACUCAGAAAAUGAUAACCUGAGACCAUAAUUUUUCUUUAUCAAAUGAUAAGUUAAGGUUAUGUUUACAUUUGUAAGAUAGUUGAAGAAAUGUGAUAAUAGUUGUAAUUUCGUUUAAAGUAAUUUUAACUGAACACAGUUGUUACUAUGGAAUCUUUGAAAAUAUUUGAUAAUUUUAAAUUCAGUGAGUUGGAUGAAGACUGGAUUGAAUCAGUUUGGAAUGGAGAAUUUAUGAUUUUCAAAGAACCACCUGAUGAAUAUUUCAUGUUUAUAGAAAGUGAAGACAUGAGAUUACUUUUACAUGAUUCUUAUACUAUUGUAAAAGCAUGGCUAUUGGAUAGAAGAAGUCAGAAUGACUCUGAAACUUCUGAAAUAUCUUGGAAUACAUUGAUUGUUAUGGAUGUAAAGGUGCGUGCUUUAUUAGCUGUAUUGGGUUACAUAAUAAAAAUUGGUCAGGGUAAAGAAACUGAUGAAGAUUCAAGACAAUCAAGUCUGUACGCAACUAAUCUAUAUUUUAUACUUUUGGCUAUUCCUGGUAGCAGUGCAUUUAAUGUGUUUCAUCCAAAUUUAUAUCAUCAAACCAUAGAAACAAUUAAAACGCAUUCAGAACAGUUACAACCUUGUACUAAGAAACGUAGCAAAGCAAUGAGUCUAGAUGAUUCUGUUAUUACAGAUGAAUUGAUGAAUGAAAAUUAUGUCCUCUCGCAUAAUGAGAAAGAAACUCUUGUAAGAAAUUUGAAUGCUAUUAUUUCCACCUUUAUUAUAAUGACAAGAUCAUUUUGGUUCAAAGAUCAUAUUCAGUCGUUAGACAUUACAAUUCAGGGAUUACUUGAAGUUACAAAAAUAGAUGAUGCUUCUGUGGUUUCUCAACACAAUGGACAUAUAGAUAGUUUAGCGGUUUCGUUACCACAGAAUGCUUAUCUAGCUUUACACGAAUUGUGCGACAACAAACAUGGUCCUAUUAAGGUUACUACAACGUUCAUAGCAAAAUAUAUAUUACCUCGUUUAUUAUGCAAUCAUAUGGAUGCACAACCAAAGGUGAUUGCAAAUAUACGUAAAAAUACUAUACAUUUUUUACAAGAUUUAUUACAUACGUAUGAAAGAGAUGCUGAAACUGCAAUUUUAACAUUAAUACAGCAUAUAAUGCUGAACUGCCCAGAUCGACUCGAUGCUCGUCAGAAACAAGCUAGUGUUUUAAUAAAGGUUCUUGAAAUAUGUAAACAUCAUAUUAUACUAGAAGCAUUAAAAAAUAUAAUAUUACUGUCUCAUCAUUCAAAGAUAGCAUUUAGACUGUUUGCUCAAGAAAUAAUUGGAAAGCUAUUGCUUGAACCUUUCAUAAUGAAUUGCAGUAUAAUGGAUAACUUGAAAACUAAAGUAAAAAGAGUAUUGUUCGCAAUUGUGUCGAGUAGAUGCAUGGAUUGUUCAAACAUGGUAAGAGGAAAGGCUAUUGCUAUAAUUGCUGAAUUCACGGAAUCUACUAAUGCGAUAGAUAAGGCCAUAUUUGAAAGUAUAUUUAAUGAAUCUAAUCCAAACAAGAAGUUUUUAGCAUUCCAUGAAUUAAAGGAUGCUUUAUCCGAGGAUAUUGAAUUAUUACCAGGUUCAAAUGUUUUAAUAACAAUACUCAUGGAACGUAUAGAAGACGAAAGGGCAAUGAUACGACGAAGUACAUUACAGAUUUUAAAAAAUUUAAUCCUAAUGUUUCCAAAUUUGAUAAAAGAAGUGUUAUCUGUAAUCAGUCGUAGAUGUAGAGAUCCGGCAUUAUUAGUACGUCGGUUUGCUGUACAAAUGCUAUCUCAACUCUUACAGCAAUUCCCAGAUAAUUCACAACUUUUAGAUGAAUGGGUACAAACCGUCGUACCACAAAUAUUUGACAUGGAAAUUAAAGUACAAGAAAAGGUGCUAGAAUAUUUACACGAAUUACUAUUAAAUAGAAUAAAAGAUGUCUCUACGAAUACCGACACUAAUGCAGAUAAUUUACCAUGGAAGAUUUUAAAUACUUUAGCUAAUAUGAAAAUGAGAAAACAUUUGUCAAAAGCAUGUAACUUGUGGGUUAAGCAUGGUAUUAUCACUAAUUCAGUGGUAAAAAACAUACAAUCUCAUAUUGGGACAAAUAAUAAUAUAGGAGCCUGGGUACUUUUAGUAGCACUGGCUGAAAACACCAAAUUACCCAACAUGAACAAAUAUAUUUCAAACUACAAAGAGAUUUUAGAAUCAAACAAUUUCUGCACGAGUUUAGUUUUACAAGUUUUAAGAUAUUCUUGGAAAUCUUUAGAUUACGAAGUUUUAGAACAGCUUCAUGUAUAUAUGUACAAAUGUUUGCAACAAUUUAAAAUCAGUUAUGGUUUGAUUAGUAUUUGUUUGGAUAUUAUACAUAACAUAAUACUCUAUUUAAAUCCCGAUAAAGGUAAUAAUUUGUUAGAAUUGUACAUGGAAAAUUUGAUAAAAGUUUCGGAAACAGAAAUUACAAAGAUUUUUAUAAAUGAAAGUCAAUUAGUGGAUAUAGUACCGAAUUAUUUAAAAGCUAUGUUUACAUUGGGAAAUGCUACACUUUUGGGUGCUUAUAAAAUUUCACCAUCGAUAUUACGAAUUUUCCAAGGGAUGUUGUUAGAAUGGGAAUCAUUGCCAGAUGUGAUAAAGGACAUAAAUGAACUGCAAGCAUCGGCAGUUGUUAUUCUUGGUCAGCAAGCAGUGAGAGAUCGCGAUGUAGCAAAAGAAAUACUUCCAAUAUUUGGUAAACUAAUGAGGCAAGAAACAAAUUUAGAUUCAAUCAUUCAAAUUGCUGUGAAAAUAAAUACAGCAAAAGCUCUGGCAGAUAUCUGUGUUCGAUUCACCGCAUUGGUUGAACCUUAUUUAUCAGAUAUGUGUGUAAGUAUGAAAGAUUCAAGUCCACAAGUACGAGAAGCAAUAAUGGUGAUAUUUAUUCAACUUCUUCUUGAAGAUUAUAUAAAAAUUAAAGGUCCAUUCUUCUUCCAUAUAUUAACAAUGUUGUCAGAUUCAGACAGCAUGAUCCGUGAAUUAACUAACUUUCUUAUAAAAGAAAGACUUUUAACGAAGAAUAAAACAUUAAUAUCACAGCAAUUUUUGCAAAGUAUAUAUCAUUAUAAUAAUUACCGAUCUCAGCAUAAAGUUUAUGACCAAAAGAUGCGUGAGAAAGAACGAAAAGCUUUAACACUUCCUGGAAAGAAAAAUGAGGAUAAAAGAAGAGUAAUUUAUGAUUUUAUGUUGGAUCAUUUGGAUCCUCCAGGAAAAAUAAAAUUACUUGUAAAAAUAACUAGUCAGAUACUCGGUGGAACUUGCAUUGAUACAAUUAAUGUUAAUAAAGAAGAAGGAGUUGGUGUUUUGAAAGAUGCAUUGUAUAUAAUUGGUAAUAAAUGUUUGCGACCAUCAUCUUUUAAUAAACACACCGAUGAUGAUCAACAAGAGGGUGAUGAACCUGCAGUUCAAACAAUUACACCAACUACUAAUGCAAUCACUGUUAUCAUUGAAGGAAUAAAGAAGCAUGGUUUAGAAGUGUUGUUACCUAUGUUAAUAAAGCUUAGAAAAAAAUUAUCACUUUUAAAAUCUCCAUUAGAGAGUGAUAUAAAAAAACUUUUAAUUAAAACAUACUCCGAAUACAAUAAGGAUCAAUUAUCGAAUAUAUUAAAUGAAUAUCCACAAUUGGAGAAAGAAGUUGAGCAAUUCAAGAAGCAACUAGAAGAUACUGCUUUUAAUGACGAGGAUUCUAGCGAAGAAAUAAUGUCACCGUCAGAAACCAAUAAGCAGAUUACAAAUAACCAGAAUUCAGAUUUAACAACAUGUAGCUUACACUCUAAGGUUGUAUUACAAAGUAUUCCAAUUUCUCGGUUAACUCCAACUACUUCUAUAGAUUGUUGGAAUUUUUCAACUCCUUCGGUUUCAAAUUUACGACUAUUAUCACCUGCUCAACCUGGUCCCAGUACCAGUACACCAAACUCAUAUAAAUCCUUGGAUUUUAAUGGUCACUGUUCAAAAGCUAGAAGACUUUCCAGCUUUUUCCAGAAUGAAAAACAAUUAAACAAUUUCCAUUACACGGCGAGAGAAGUUCAAUAUGAUAGCGAGUCUGAUUAGAAUAAGUAAGAUAAAUUAUUUUUAUUUAUAAUGCAGUGUAUAGAUAAUACGUAAAAGGAAAAUUACCUACCUCUUAAUUUCCGUUGAAUACGAAACGAUGUUUGCGAAACAGUAUACGUUCGAUUUUCCAGUUCUUUUUGCAUGUCUGAAAGAAGUAUUUUAUU